AUGGAUCAGGGUGAAGAUCAAUUGAUGCAUUUCUUCUGGAAAGAUAGGAAAAACAAUACCGUGGAGGAUGAUUUUAUUCUCUUCCCUGAUGAAGCUGAAUUCAUUCGAGUAGAUCAAUGUACAACUGGUCGUGUAUAUAUACUUAAUUUUAAAUCAUCUUCUCGUAAAUUAUUUUAUUGGAUGCAAGAUGCAAAAGAUGAGAAGGAUGAAGAAAACGUUGCAAAGUUGAAUCGAUUAAUUAAUGAUCCCCAAGGUGGAUUGGCGGAAAGCAGGCAACAAAAUAAUGCAGGUCAAUUAGGUAGUCCUUUUCGAAAUAUGGAUGAUUUGGGGUUUGGAGUGGAUCAAGAACAGUUGUUGCAGUUACUUCAAGGCGGAAUAGGUGGGCUUCCCAUCACGUCAACUACUCCCGCCAGCGAACCACAAUCUGCUACAGCUGCAACAUCAGAAGCUGGUUCUGGUGCACAGACAACUGAACAAAACAUUGGUUUUACUCCUGAACAAUUGGAACAAUUAGGUGGCUUGAGAAACGUUUUACCAAAUAUACAGAAUCCAGAGGGAGGAACGAGGCAUGCUCUAUUUCCUCAUCUACCAUCCAAUAUUGAAAGAACACCUGAAGAAUUAAAUGCUGUUCUUAACAGUCCACAAUUUGCUCAGGCAUUGCAAUCUUUAAGCAUGGCUUUACAAUCUGGCCAAUUAGGACCUUUGCUGACUCAAUUGGGUUUAGAUCCGUCAGCUGGAAAUGGCGUGGAGGCGUUUCUUCGCGCUGUUCAGGAGCAAGCGGGUAGACGACAAAGAGAUCACAAUGACGAUGAUAAUACUGAUGACCAUAGCGGUGAUAGAAUGGAAGAAGAUUAA